AUGGUUUCGCAGACGCCGCUGCUGGAGGAGACGGACGGUGGCGGGGCUUGGGAGAGAUGGUGGCGAAGUGAGGCGGCGGAGGAGGUGACGCAGCAGGUGGCGUUCUCACUGCCGAUGAUCCUGACGAACGUGGCGUACUGCUGCAUCCCCCUCAUCUCCGUCAUGUUCGCCGGCCACCUUGGCGAGCUUGAGCUCGCCAGCUCCACCCUCGCAAACUCCUGGGCCACCGUCACUGGCUUCGCCCUAGUGGUAUCCCCCCCUCCCCCCCACACGUCUCUCUCUCUCUCUCUCUCUCUACUCACUCACACACACUCACUCACUCACUCACUCACUCUCAUUCUUCCGGAGUAAAGCCGCACGUGAUAGAGACUACCUGGUCGUUCCUAAAAAAUGGCAAAGUUUCGAAUGUUGCCAUCCAGAUUGGGCUGAGCGGAGCUCUGGAGACGCUCUGCGGGCAGGCCUACGGCGCCAAGCUAUACCGGACGAUGGGCAUCUAUCUGCAGGCGUCGAUGAUCACCGCCGUCUCCGUCUCCGUCGUCCCCGCUGUCGUCUGGUGGUUCUCGGAGCCCAUCCUCAUCGCCCUCCGCCAGGAGGCGGCCGUGGCGCACGCAGCCGCCGCGUACAUGCGGCCGCUCAUCCCGGCCUUAUUCGCCUAUGGGCUGCUCCAGUGCUUGCUGAGGUUCAUACAGGCGCAGUCGGCGGUGGCGCCGCUCGUUGUAUGCUCGGUCGGGCCGCUGGCCCUGCACGUAGUGAUCACCUACGUGCUGGUGAACCCAGCAGGCAUGGGGUACGCCGGCGCCCCCGCAGCCGCGACCGUGUCACUCUGGACAUCGUUCCUGAUGCUAGCCUCCUAUGUUAAGUUCUCGAAGAGAUUCUCCCAGACCUGGCAGGGCUUCUCCACCGAGGCCUUCACUUAUGUCCUCCCCAGCAUGCGGCUCGCCGUUCCAUCAGCCGUCAUGCUCUGGUGUGCUCUUCCCUCCCUCUCUCCCCACCCUACCCUCUCCCUCUCCCUCUCCCUUCCACUCUCUCCCAUGCAUACUCUCUCCCCAUUUGAUACACGGUGACCAUCUAGGAAGUAUUUUAAAGUUAGACAUGAUCAUAUGAUAUAAGCCCAAGAAGAUAGAAUCUUCUUUCAUUUACUCAGUCAAUUCGCUCAGAACUUUUAUGUUGAAACGGAAUUUGUGACAUUAAAUGAACCAAUGUUUAGCUUCUAUAAUAUGCAGUUCAGGCUUGUUCUGGUUGAAUAAAUCAUAGAAACACUAUCACAAGAUUUUAGGCUAAAGGCCAUAACUUUACCCGAAAUUAUUAGCCCCUACAACAUCUCUGAUCAGUUCAGAUCUACCAAUCUUGCUGAGGUCGCUUUCCCAUCUCACUUUCAUAGAACCAAAUAAAAAAUAGGCUUAUUAUUCUGUCUUUUAUGUGUGGAACUCAAACUUAUUGAUAGUUUUUAUUGAAUCAUUUAAACUUAUUAAUAGCGAAGAUAUGAUUUUUUUCUCUGGUGAUAUUACUCUCGCAGCUUGGAAUACUGGGCUUUUGAACUUCUGGUUUUACUUGCUGGUCUGAUGCCACACUCACAGAGGAGCACCUCACUAGUUGCAAUGUGGUAGGAGCCAUCUACUUCUGUCAUGUUUUAUUCAAAAAAAUUUAUUGAAUGCAACAAACUGAAUAUAGAAUAAAUACUAACUUUCUCUUAUGAAUGCAACAAACUUGUUGGUAUAUGUUAGUGUUAACACAGAAGAUGUGUUAUUCAUGAUCAUCUCUGGGUUUAGUGCUGCUGUUAGGUACGCAUAAUCACUUUCUCUUGAUGAUUUGAUAAAAAGAAAAAUAUUUAUUCUUCUAAUUUUAUUGGAUUAUAAAUUUUCUUUUUUUGAAGUACACGUGUGGCGAAUGAAUUGGGGGCAGGAAAUGUGGACAAAGCAAAGAAUGUAGUAAGAGUGGCAUUAAAGCUAUCAACGAUUCUUGCAGUGACAAUCAUCUUGAUUUUGAGUUUUGGUCAUGAUAUAUGGGUUAACUUCUUCAGUAGUAGCCCAGAUAUCUCUAGGGAGUUUGCCUACAUGACCCCACUACUCUCAAUCUCCAUACUACUAGACUCAGUACAAGGGAUUCUAUCAGGUAAUUGUCAUAGGAAAAUAAUUCAUACAUAAUAGUGAUAUUUAUUAUCUUACUAACUAUUUGUUACAUUGACGUAGGGGUAUCAAGAGGGUGUGGUUGGCAGCAUCUAGAAGCAUGGACCAACUUAGCAGCAUUCUAUGUAAUUGGGUUGCCGAUCGCACUUCUUCUAGGAUUUACCUUGAAGUUCUAUGAUAAGGUUGUAUUCUUGGGCAUAUCUUGACAACCUAAAAACUAUUGUUAACGAAGAUGUGGUUUAUAAAUAUUUUUCUUUACUGCAAGUUAUGAUUUUUACAACUAUAUAUAGAAGGCUUUUGGCACAGCAUUUAUACAUGUAGAACUUUGUGCAAUCAAUAUCAAGGUGCCACUAGAACAGAACAUCCUCCAAGGUUUCCCAAUAGUUGAUUUUAACAUUUUUUAUUUUACCUUGGUUUGAAAAUAAAAGUGUUCUCAUUUGUUCAAUAUUAGCUAAUUAGAACUAGACUAGAGGAUUAUUGACACCUACAUUGGGCUUCUUGCACAGGGACUUUGGAUGGGCUUGGUAUGUGGCCUCUUUUGCCAAGCUUGUUCCCUCCUCAUCAUUAUGAUUCGCGCUAAUUGGUCAACCAUACAACUAUCUACAGGGCAGGACAAUCUUUGCUAG